AGCAGAAUGAUCCCCUCACAUCCACAAGGUCCCACAGCUGGACUCACCAUGAGGAACAGGGCCAGUAUAUCUCCAUGGCCUUUAGGCUCACAAAACACAAACUGUUCCAACAACAAUGACGGCAAAAAAGAAGAGAAAAAGGAUGACAAAAAAAAUGAGAAGGAUGAAAAGAAGGAUGAAAAGAAAGAUGAGAAAAAAGAUGAGAAGAAAGAUGAAAAGAAAGAUGAGAAAAAAGAUGAGAAGAAAGAUGAGAAGAAAGAUGAGAAAAAGGAUGACAAAAAAGAUGACAAGAAAGAUGACAAGAAAAAAGAUGAGAAGAAAGAGGAACCGAAGGAGGUGUGGAUCAUGGACCCUGCCACAGACAUGUACUAUUACUGGUUGGUCACCAUCGCGAUCCCUGUCUUCUACAACCUCAUGUUGCUGGUGGCAAGGGCUUGCUUUAAUGAGCUCCAGCGGCAGAACACCACCAUGUGGAUGGUGUUUGACUACAUAUCAGACCUGAUCUACUACAUUGAUACUUUUGUCAGACUCAGGACUGGUUUUCUGGAGCAGGGCUUGCUUGUGAAGGACCCCAAGAUCUUAAAGGAGAAGUACAUCAAGACUCGUCAGUUCAAACUGGACGUCAUCUCCAUCAUCCCCACAGACAUAGUCUUCUUCUACCUGGGAGUGAACAACCCCGAGUGGAGGUUCAACCGGCUGUUCCGCCUCUCCCGCCUCUUUGAGUUUUUUGACCGCACUGAAACCAGAACCAACUUCCCCAACAUCUUCCGAAUCGCUAACCUCGUAGGCUACAUCAUCAUCAUUAUCCACUGGAACGGUUGCCUCUAUUUCGCUGUCUCUAAAGUACUAGGAUUUGGCUCGGACACUUGGGUCUAUCCGACAGCCGAGAAAAACCCAGAAUAUGGACGCCUAGCUAGACAGUACAUCUAUUGCUUCUACUGGUCGACACUAACGCUAACCACGAUCGGUGAAACUCCCCCUCCGGUCCGGGACAUUGAAUAUUUCUUUGUCGUGUGUGACUUUUUAACCGGUGUUCUCAUUUUUGCUACGAUUGUCGGUAACGUCGGUGCCAUGAUCUCCAACAUGAGUGCAGCGCGAGUGGAAUUCCAAGCGAAAAUUGACUCUAUAAAGCAGUACAUGCAAUUCCGUAAAGUUUCCAAAGAGUUAGAGCAUCGAGUUGUGAAGUGGUUCGACUAUUUGUGGACCGAGGAGAAAACCUGCGAUGAAAAGCAAGUCUUGAAAAAUCUUCCAGACAAAUUGAAGGCUGAAAUUGCCAUUAACGUCCAUCUCGAAACACUACGAAAAGUGCGCAUUUUUCAAGAUUGCGAAGCUGGGUUGCUAGUAGAGUUGGUUCUCAAACUUCAACCUCAAGUUUUUAGCCCGGGUGACUACAUUUGUAAAAAGGGGGACAUCGGAAGAGAAAUGUAUAUUAUAAAAGAAGGAAAGCUAGCUGUUGUAGCGGAUGAUGGUGUUACGCAAUUCGUUGUACUUAGCGACGGGGCAUACUUCGGAGAGAUUAGCAUCCUCGGAAUCAAAGGGAGUAAAGCGGGAAAUAGGAGAACUGCCAAUAUCCGUAGCGUUGGGUAUUCUGACUUGUUUGCGCUGUCCAAGGAAGAUCUCAUGGAUGCGCUAAUUGAGUAUCCGGAUGCUAAAUACGCGCUCGAGGACAAAGGGAGGGCCAUUCUGAUGAAGGAUAACCUGAUCGACGAGGCCCUGGUCUCAGCCACAGAUGCUAAAGACCUGGAGGACAAGGUGAACCAGAUGGAGGCCAGCGUGGACAUCAUGAUGCUCAAGCUGAAGAAGUUAAUGGCUCAGUAUGAGUCAUCGCAGAGGAAACUCAAGCAAAGGCUAACCAACAUGAGCAACCAGGUCCGCACACUGCGCUCAGAUCAAGAGUAUUAACAAACUUGGAGAGGAGGGAGGACAGUGCAAGGACGGUUCAAAAGUGACAUUCAGGCAGAGAUUGAAAACUAUUUAAUUUAAUACAAUGGAAAUUGGGAUUGUGUUAUUCUACAUCAGAGAGAAGACUUAGUUCUAUCACGGAUUAAAUAGAGCUAGCUAACUAAUUUCACCCAAAGUUUAUUGCCAUUGAGAAUAAAUGCAAUACAUUCAACAUUGUGUUAUAGAGAUAUUUAUAUUUCUCAU